GGAAGUUGAAUUAGCUGCCGUUACUGGAGUCAGUGGAAGACUAUUGUUUUUCUCUUGAAUUCGACUUACCCGUGUGAAUGACCAAGCAAACCGGAAACUUUCGUGGAACGAACGAACCUCGAGUUUAUCGAGAAGUUGUUUAUGUUUAUUAGGGGCGACCUCCGACAUUUCUUUUUGUAAAAUAAGACCACCGGAAAAGCAACAUGUCUCGCCUCACCGUGUUGAAUAACAAUGUUUCGGACAUUUUGGUUUCGUUGUAAAUAUUUAUUUGCCUGUUGACGCUGCUGUGUUUCUCUGCUAGCGGCAGCUAGUUAGCCCAGUGUUAGCUUUAGCAAAACAGGGAGUCAUCUGACAGGCUGCUGUGAGCUGCCAACACACGAGUGAUGGAUCAACUGAAAGUAAAAGACCGAAUAUUGGAAAACAUCUCCCUGUCUGUCAAAAAGUUGCAGAGCUACUUUGCAGCCUGUGAAGAUGAAACUCCAGCAAUCCGAAACCAUGACCGGGUCUUGCAACGUCUGUGUGAGCACCUAGACCAUGCACUGUUGUAUGGCCUACAAGACAUCUCCUCUGGCUACUGGGUUCUAGUUCUUCACCUGACCAGGAGAGAGGCUGUGCGUCAGAUUGAGGAGUUGCAACACAUUGCAACAAACCUUGGUCGAAGUCGUGCGUGGUUGUAUCUGGCAUUAAGUGAGAGCUCUUUAGAGAGCUAUCUGCGCCUUUUCCAGGAAAAUCAAGGAUUACUACACAAGUAUUACUUCAAAAAUGCACUAGUUUGCAGUGAUGAUCACCUUGCCCUGUUCCUGACGCUGGUGUCUGGCCUGGAGUUCAUCCGCUUCGAUUUGGAGCUGGAUGUGCCGUAUUUGGACGUGGCUCCAUACAUGCCAGAGUACUACAAACCUACGAACCUGCUGGACUUUGAAGAAAGGCUACCAAGCUCCGACAGCUUGUCUCUUCAUUCCUUCACCUCUCUCACCUCCACAAACCUUGAAUGGGACGACAGUGCUAUUGCCCCAUCAAGUGAGGAUUAUGAUUUUGGUGACAUCUUCCCUGUGUUGCAGUCAAUGCCAAGUGCAGACUGGGAAGAGGGCGAGUUCACGGACCAUGCCAGCUGUCUGCGCUCGAGCGCUUCUGAUCCCCAGACGGUCAUCAGCGAGACAGUAGUGGUCCCUGCUGGCACCAUCAAGGUCAUGGUGGAAGCUCAACCCUCUCCAGACAGCCCGCCAUUCAGAUCCAACCCCUUCCACGAUGACUCUGACACGAACACCUCAGUUGACGUGACGCCAGUACAUAUAGCCAAAUGUCACUCUGCACCCAGAAAUGGAGACGACGCGGAGAGCAAUAACAACGAGCUGGAAGUUAUUAGGAUGGCUAGACGAAGGAAACCAGCUAAGAAGCGGCGGCCAAGAGGUUCCUCCGAUUCAGUUAGUUGCCUGCAUAACUCCCAUUCAUCUGAGCAAAUCGAGUCGGACAACAGCGGCCUGACCCCGUCUGAGGACUUGGAUUCUUUCAAUGACACUGUGAUUAAACUGGGCUAUGAUGGCGAUGUGAGGACGGGACAGGGGGGCUCUGAUGCCAUGGAGGAAGGUCUACGGCUUCCUGAGAUGACGGACACCUCCAUGGAUAAUGUUGGUCAACCCUUAAGUGAUGUGAUGGACAAGUUGAAUGGAGCUUUUGACUGUGAAAAGCCCUGGGAUCACUCCGGAGUGAAGGGGGAUGGAGAAAGCAGUUCCCCCUGCACUGAGCCUCACGCCCAGCAGCCCUUUCGUAAGGACUCAGAGGGAAAGCCUCCUGACCCAGCCGGCAAGGACGAGUUUUGCUACAUUACCCCCAACAGUCCAGACUCUGCUUCCUCAGGUGGUGGCCACCAUGACUCUGCAGAGUCUGGCCAGUCACAGACUUGUUCAAGUGGCAAUGAAGAUGAAAGAGCGGGAGCGGCAGCAGGAUCGGAACACGACGUGACCAAUGGAGAGAUGAAGUCCCAAAGUGAUGAAGACGUCAGUCCAGCUGAGGGAGGGCAGCAGGAAGGGAGGCUCAGUCCUUCAGAAACUUCUCAUCCAGCUGAAUUCAAGGUGGACAAUAACCAUUUGCUGCUUCUGAUGAUACACGUGUUCAGAGAAAAUGAAGAGCAACUCUUCAGGAUGGUGCGAAUGAGCACAGGCCACAUGGAAGGAGACCUGCAGCCUCUUUAUUUGUUGCUGACAGACUGUUACAUUUACUUGCUGAGGAAAGGUGCAGCAGAAAAGCCUUAUACUGUAGAAGAAGCCGUUUCUUACAAUGAGUUGGAUUAUUUGUCGGUUGGUCUGGAUCAACAGACGGUGACGAUAGUUUGCACCAACAGGAGGAGGAAGUUUUUACUGGAUACAGCUGAUUCUUCUUUAACCAGAUGGUUCCUCUCAGUCCUCAAAUCCGCCAUGGUAAAAGGAUGCCGUGAGCCUCCAUAUCCCUCCAUCUUGACUGAUGCCACAAUGGAGAAACUCGCUCUAAACAAGUUUGUUUCCCAAGAAACACGUUGUGAGGUCUCUGAAGUUUCAAUACAGUUAUAUGCCCUGGUUCAAUGGGAAGAUCCAAUGGAUGUGAGUUUGUCACCUCCAGGAACCUCAACAGGUUCCAGAUCGUCUUCCAGCACCAAGGAGGGGUCCGUUCACUACCGAGCGGGAUCCUCAUACUUGGGAAAGGAGCUGUGGAAAAGUUGCUACCUUGUCCUCAGCAGUAACGGGAUCCUGUACCUGUACAGCGACAGAACCGAUGUGACCCCUCUGAUGUCUGUCACCAUGGGUGGUGAGCACUGCGGAGGCUGCCGUCGCUCCAACAGUACUGAGCGCCCACAUGCUUUUCAAGUCAUCCUGACAGAGCGCCCCCCACUGGUGCUGAGUGCUGAGAAUGAGCAGGAGAUGGCUGACUGGAUGCAGCUUCUCUGCCAGUCUGUCUCAAAGGGGGUCAUCCCUCAAGGUGUUGCUCCAACGCCUUGUAUUCCGUGUUGCCUGGUUGUGACAGACAAAGCUCUGCUUACUUGUCACCAAGACUGUCAAACCAGCUUUUUCCGCUCACUUGGAAGUGUAGAAAUUAGUGACGUCAUCUCGGUCAGCUUGUCUGCAGAUGAGGAGUACUGUGUCAUUGAGUUUGCGUCAGACCGGGCUCAGUUCCUCCCUCCGUGGGUUUUGUACUUCAGUGGCUGUGUGGAGCGAGAUCGACUGCUGGAGGUAUUGGGCCACACUUGGAGAACCAUUUACCAGGUGGAUCUCCCCCACAGAGAGGUGUCUGAUCCACUAAUGCAGAAGCGCUGCAGUGAAGCCCUGGCACUGAUGAAGAGUGCGUGGCAGCGGGCAGACAGUCUGGCACGAGGCCGUGCCCAGCGUGAACCGUGGUGCUGAUGGAUGCGCACAUUUGCACACACCAAUUGGAGGUGUCUACAGAAAUAUGCUCAGUUUUGACUCUGGUGGACUUACAACGUGGCGUCCUGCAGGUUCAAAGUGUUUGAAGCAGAUGGACUGCAUUGUUGGUACGUCAAACUUCACAUCCGCAUCUUAGUUUGGUUUAGUGGAUGAAGAACUGAAGAGGAAUUCCUUCUAAUGGUAAGUAUACAUUGGCAAGGUUUUCUUCAGAGGACGUCAUGAACACAAAGGAUGGUGGGAAUUGAUCACUUCUUGGAAUGGUUGCACCUUCUGCCUUUUUCCAUGAACUCACUCACCGAUCAGUUCUUACAAGUCAGGAAGUCAAGUGUGAUACAGAUGUACACAAAUGUGUCGUAGCCACGCUUGCUGAGACCAACACUGAUGGUUCAUGUCCUCUGAAGUGCUCACUCUUGCACCGUUACACUUGUCGAUUUCCUUAUUUGGGGUUCGUCCACGGGAAACACAGGAACUUAUGCACACUUGCCUUUUUCUCCUCUUCUCAGCGAGGGUGGAGGCUUCCAAGCAGACUUGCACAUAUGUUUUUGCCUCCAGUCUGUCCUAAGUGGUACUAGUUAAGUUGCUUGAAUGUAAUCAUAGCAUGUGCUUUAAUAUUUAUCAAUUGACCUGGCAAUCUUUGAUUACUGUAAUGAUGAGAAAAUCAUGUAGCGCAGCACUGUACAGACAUGUAAAUAUGAUUAUUGACUGAGUUUGAAGGAACAUUAAUUACGAUGAGGACAUCACUUAUUCAGGUAUUUUUACUGCAAGGUUCACUUUGACUUUGGGGAAUAAUUUUACAGUAGAACUUUGACCAGUCCACUCAGCAUUAGUUAGUGCUUUAAUCCAAGUGCCACAAUAUUCGUAAAUAAAAUCUAAUCUCAGGUGCCAAUGGUACAUAACAUCAAAACCCCGAAGUUUCAACCUUCUGCUUUGUGUCUAAUUUAUCUUUUUUUAAUAAGAACAUGAGUUGUUUUUCAAAAAGUCAGUGUUGCAAUGUUGCGAAUGUGAGAAGAACGCAAAGGUGUUGGAAAAGUUUGAUGCAUAAACUCUGAAUAAUUGAGGAGAUUUUAAUAUCGGAGUGACUUGUUGGAAUAAUUCCCAAAGUUCAUUAUUGAGGAUGAAAGUGCUGAGUAGCAGGAGUUGGACUUACUUGAAAUGUGGUUGACUGGACAAUCAUGAGACGCUGUGGCCCUUGAAGUGUGUAUGGAGAACAGUGAGACAUUGCUGGACAAUGAUGGAUGACAUCAAGGUAAUACAGCUGCUGUGUUACAUUUGACUGUAAAUGAUUUAUCAAGCAUACACUCGGACAAAAUGGACUGAAUGGCAUGCGAGAAGGAUUCAGACUGCUCAUGAUUUCAUGUAAUGUCAACCUCAUAUAUAUGUAUUAAAGACUUUGAAUGAUA